GCGCUGCACAUCUGGUUCCGGUUCCUCUCUCCUGGGGAAGUGAAAGUCGAGGGGAGGGCACUGCCCGGAGUUAGCUGUGCCCCUGCAUCCUGCACCCCUCUUGCUCCCGCGGGUGUCGGAGCCAGAGCUCCCCUCUCUCCAGCUCGGGUCACGCGACGGCCGGCGCCGCUGCCGUCACGUCCUCGGCCACCAGUGCGCCCGCUCCUCUCUGCCCUCCUGCUCCUUCCUCAGCCUCCUCCCCCUCGGCGCGCCCUCUGCUCCAACCCUAACUUCCCGACUCUUGACUCUCGGCUUGUCGUCGUCGGGACCCUGAGUGAUGCCCGUGCCGGGUUGCCUUCCCCAGGGAGAAAGGGCUGUCUCCCUGCAGGACUUCUCCCUGGCUCAGUGAGCAUGCAGGUCCUACGCAGGAUGGGGACCGUCUCACCACCCAGCUUGUCCCACCUAAUGGUGCCUGCCUACUGCCUUGAGCAUAGGGCUCCCAUUCGCCUGCGGUGGAUAAGGGGCUGUGCCCCAGGUCUAAAUCAGGACACUGACGCUGACUCUUGGCUUCACCUCCCAGACGUGGGAGGCUAAAUUUAGCUAGGGUUGGGGUGUUUGUUGAGGCGAACAGAGGCCAGGUUAAGGAGAGAGCCAGCCUGGCUCCAUGAGAUUCCCUUGCUCCCUGUUCUCUGAAGAAGGGUCCAGAGACUUCACAUCCUGGAGCAGUUCUGAGCCUCCUCUGCCGUGCUCUAGACUCCUUUAGUCAGCUUCCUACUGGGCCUGAUGCUGUACUGGCAUCUUCAACAGCACACCACCACCACCACCACCACCACCACCACCACACACACACACACACACACACGGAUCCAUAGGCUGACUUCCGCUGAGCUGUAGCUUCCCCUCCACUGUUACAGGAAGUCACCUCCCUUCCCCUCUGAAGCACCCCUCACGCCUCCUGGCCCCUGCUACAAGCCACCCACCAAGCUCUGUCCCCGCUUCUGCAUCCUGGGGCUCCCAAGGACCCUGGGGGCGCCUACUCCCCUGGGCUGGGCCAUGGAGGCAGAUGCAGUGAGUGAGGGGGGGGCCAUGGCGGAGGAGCGGCCCCCUCGGCUGGUGGAUUACUUCGUAGUAGCUGGGCUUGCAGGAAACGGAGCACCCAUCCCUGAGGAAACGUGGGUUCCUGAACCCAGUGGGCCCCUGCGCCCUCCCCGGCCAGCUGAACCCAUCACAGAUGUGGCAGUCAUCGCUAGGGCACUGGGCGAGGAGGUGCCCCAGGGUUACACAUGCAUCCAGGCUUCUGCUGGUGGCCACCCCUUGGAACUCAGUGCUGGGCUUCUGGGUGGAACUCAACCUGUCAUCUGCUACCGCAGGGGCCGUGACAAGCCCCCCCUCGUUGAGCUGGGGGUGUUGUAUGAGGGAAAGGAACGUCCCAAGCCUGGCUUCCAAGUACUAGACACGACACCCUACAGCCAUUCAGCUAACCUGGCCCCUCCAGGCCCUGGCCACCCUCGCACCUACCUCACUUACCGGCGGGCAGCAGAGGGGGCAGGGCUGCAUGCCCUGGGCAUCACUGACCUCUGCCUGGUCCUACCCAGCAAGGGCGAGGGCACUCCUCAUACCUACUGCCGGCUGCCCCGCAACCUCAACCCUGGCAUGUGGGGCCCAGCAGUGUACCUGUGCUACAAGGUGGGCCUGGCUAAGGCCAACACACUGGUGUAUGAGGCAGGUGAGUGGCCCCUUUGGCCCUUCCAGCCCUUGACCCUCCAGAUCCCUCUACCCCGUGCCUUUCAGCUGGCACCUUCAGCAGCCCCAGUUCUCACUUCCCCUUUGCCACUUGGCCCUUUUCUGGUAUCACCUGGUUUCUUCCCCUGGAGUCUGACAGACCCUCCUCCUUUUGGGUACCCCCACUCUGCCGGGGUUGCAGAGCUGCUGGGCCGCUACCCAGAGGAGGACAAUGAAGCGUUCCCGCUGCCGGAGUCAGUGCCGGUUUUCUGCCUGCCCAUGGGGGCCACUGUUGAGUGCUGGCCUGCCCAGACCAAGUACCCCGUGCCCGUCUUCUCCACCUUUGUGCUCACGGGUGCAGCCGGUGAUAAGGUGUACGGUGCCGCUCUGCAGUUCUAUGAGGCGUUCUCGAGGACCCGGCUGUCGGAGCGGCAGGCACGGGCUCUGGGCCUGCUGAGCGCUGUGGAGCGGGGCCGGGCCCUGGGGGGCCGGGCGGUGCGCAGCCGUCGUGCCAUUGCUGUACUGUCCCGCUGGCCUGCCUUCCCCGCCUUCCGCGCCUUCCUCACCUUCCUUUACCGCUACUCGGUCUCAGGCCCCCACCGCCUGCCCCUGGAAGCGCACAUCUCCCACUUCAUUCACAACGUCCCCUUCCCUUCCCCACAGAGACCGCGAAUCCUAGUGCAGAUGUCUCCCUAUGACAACCUGCUCCUCUGUCAGCCUGUAUCCUCACCCCUGCCCCUCAGUGGUGCCAGCUUCCUGCAGCUGCUGCAGAGCCUGGGCCCUGAGCUGGCUAUCACACUGCUGCUGGCCGUGCUCACGGAGCAGAAACUGCUAGUCCACUCGCUGCGGCCAGACCUGCUCACCAGCGUCUGUGAAGCCCUCGUCUCUAUGAUCUUCCCACUGCACUGGCAGUGCCCCUACAUUCCGCUGUGCCCGCUGGUGCUGGCAGACGUGCUGAGUGCCCCAGUGCCCUUCAUUGUGGGGAUCCACUCCAGCUACUUCGAUCUGCAUGACCCACCUGCUGAUGUCAUCUGUGUUGACCUUGACACCAACACGCUCUUCCAGACUGAGGAAAAGAAGCUCCUCUCCCCUCGGACCCUGCCCCGCAGGCCCUACAAGGUUCUGCUGGCGACUCUGACAAACCUGUAUCAGCAGCUGGACCAGACAUAUACUGGACCUGAGGAGGAGGCAUCCCUGGAAUUCCUGCUGACAGACUACGAGGCGGUGUGUGGCCGUCGGGCCCGGCUGGAGCGCGAAGUCCAGGGUGCCUUCCUCCGCUUCAUGGCCUGUCUGCUUAAGGGCUACCGGGACUUCCUGCGCCCACUCACCGAAGCCCCUUCUGAGGGAGCUCGAGAUGUGGACAACCUUUUCUUCCUGCAGGGCUUCCUGAAAUCCCGGGAUCGGUCCAGCCAUAAGCUGUACUCUCAACUGCUGCACACACAGAUGUUCUCGCAGUUCAUCGAGGAAUGUUCUUUUGGCUCUGCUCGACAUGCUGCCCUUGAAUUCUUUGACUCCUGCGUUGACAAGGUCCAUCCAGAGCAGGAGAAGCCUGAGCUGACACCCUUGGUGGAGCUGGAGGAGCUGUCGGGAAGUGAGCUCACUGUCUUUAUCACCCCGCCUGAGGAGCCUCCAGUGCCAGAGGGCAGCGACUCUACUCCUCUGUACUGCUAUGAUGGGUUCCCGGAGCUACGGGCUGAGCUGUUUGAAUCUCCUCAAGAGCAGCCCGGGGCCCUGCCUGUGCCGGGCCCAUCCCGCAGUGCCCCUAGCAGUCCUGCUCCUCGCCGCACCAAACAGGAGAUGAAGGUUGCACAGCGGGUGGCGCAGAAGUCGGCAAGUGUGCCUGAGCUGUGGGCCCGGUGCCUGCUGGGGCACUGCUAUGGGCUGUGGUUCCUGUGUCUGCCUGCCUAUGUGCGGGCGGCACCCUCCCGGGUGCGGGCACUGCACACGGCCUGCCACGUGCUGCGCCAGAUGGAGAGCCGUAAGGUGGUGCUCCCUGACGAGGUGUGUUACCGGGUGUUGAUGCAGCUCUGCUCCCACUAUGGGCAGCCCGUGCUGUCUGUGCGGGUCAUGCUGGAGAUGCAGCGGGCAGGCAUCGUGCCCAACACCAUCACCUACGGCUACUACAACAAGGCUGUGUUGGAAAGCAAGUGGCCAUCUGGCACACCGGGUGGGCGCCUGCGUUGGGCCAAGCUCCGGAAUGUCGUCCUGGGAGCUGCUCAGUUUCGCCAGCCCUUGAGAGAAAGGCGGCGGCAGCAGCAGCAGCAGCAGCAGCAUCAGCAGCAGCAGCAGCAGCAGGCGGCAGGACAUCAAGAGGCAGGCAGCUCCCAGACAGAUCCCCAUCUGGAGCACCCCUCCCCGACCCGUCCCCUUCAGCGCCAGACUACCUGGGCUGGGCGCAGCCUGCGGGACCCAGCCUCCCUCAUGGGGCGCCUGGUGAAGAGCAGCAGCCUGGGCAGUGCCCAAGGGGCACAGCCCACUGUGGAGGCUGGCGUGGCCCAUAUGAUCGAGGCCUUGGGUAUCCUGGAACCUCGGGAAUCACCUGUGCCCUGGCAUGAUGGAAGCCUCUCAGAUCUGAGCCUGACAGGGGAGGAGCCGGCACCUGGAGGCAGCCCAGGGGCCCUGGGCUCGGCUCUGAAUACCCAAUCCACUGAGGCCCUGGAAGGGCUAAGUGGGCGGGUGUCCAAGGCUGGUGGGCGUCAGGAUGAAGCAGACACCCCCCGACGAGGGCUGGGUGCCCGCCUCCAACAGCUGCUCACACCUUCCCGCCGCUCCCCAGCCUCCCGUGCUCCCCCACCUGAGCUGCCCCCUGACCUGCCUCCCCCAGCCCGCCGCAGCCCUAUGGACAGCCUUCUGCGCCCCCGGGAACGCCCUGGAUCUACUGCCUCUGAGAGCUCAGCCUCUCUGGGCAGUGAGUGGGACCUUUCAGAAUCUUCUCUCAGCAGCCUGAGCCUUCGCCAUUCCUCGGAGCGCCUCAGUGACACUGCUGGAUCCUUGCAGCCACCUUCCCUGGAAAUUUUGCUGUCUAGCUGCUCCCUGUGCCGGGCCUGUGAUUCGCUGGUGUAUGAUGAGGAGAUCAUGGCUGGCUGGGCACCUGAUGACUCCAAUCUUAACACAACCUGCCCUUUCUGCGCCUGCUCCUUUGUGCCCCUGCUCAGUGUCCAGACCCUUGAUUCCCGACCCAGUGCCCCCAGCACCAAGACUGCCCCUGCUGGUGCCAGUGGCAACAAAGAUGCUCCUGUUCCUGGGGGCCCUGGCCCUGUGCUCAGUGACCGUAGGCUCUGCCUUGCCCUGGAUGAGCCCCAGCUCUGCAAUGGGCACGUGGGGGGUGCCUCCCGGCGGGUCGAGGGUGGGGCAUGGGCAUACUUGAGCCCCCUGGUGCUGCGUAAGGAGCUGGAGUCGCUGGUAGAGAACGAGGGCAGUGAGGUGCUGGCAUUACCUGAGCUGCCCACUACCCACCCCAUCAUCUUCUGGAACCUUCUGUGGUAUUUCCAGCGGCUGCGCCUGCCCAGUAUUCUGCCAGGCCUGGUGUUGGCCUCCUGUGAUGGGCCCCCACCUCCCCAGGCCCCACCUCCUUGGCUAAACCCUGAUCCAGCCUCUGUGCAGGUGCGGCUGCUGUGGGAUGUCCUGACCCCUGACCCCAGCAGCUGCCCACCUCUCUAUGUGCUCUGGAGGGUCCACAGGCAGAUCCCCCAGCGGGUGGUAUGGCCAGGCCCAGUACCUGCAUCCCUUAGCAUGGCAUUGCUGGAGUCGGUGCUGUGCCAUGUUGGACUCAAUGAGGUACACAAAGCCGUGGGGCUCCUGCUGGACACGUUAGGGCCCCCGCCCACUGGCCUGCACCUGCAGAGGGGCAUCUACCGAGAGAUCUUAUUCCUGACAAUGGCUGCUCUGGGCAAGGACCACGUGGACAUAGUGGCCUUCGACAAGAAGUACAAGUCCGCCUUUAACAAGCUGGCCAACAGCAUGGGCAAGGAGGAGCUGAGGCACCGGCGGGCACAGAUGCCCACCCCCAAGGCCAUUGACUGCCGCAAAUGUUUUGGAGGACCUCUGGAAUGCUAGGGAUCCUUAGCUUCCCGCUCUAGCCUUGGGGUGGGGUGGGGAAGAAAGGAUAACCUGCUUUCCUGUUCCCCUCAUAGAGGAGCUGGGGACAGGCUGGCAAGCAUGCCCAGCCAUAGGCUCCGAGUGGGGGUAGCAGGAAGAGGGACCCACUGUUACCAAAAGUUACAGUUCCUUGUCUCCAACCUGCCCAGUGUGCUCGUGCUGAUCUUGGGAGAGGCCUCUUGGGAGGAGGUUGGUGCAGCGCUGUUUCUCCCGUCCUAUACCAGGACCCCACCCUGCUACCAGGGUACCUACAGAUCUGCGCUGCCCUGGUCAUUUUAGAAGUUUUUGUUUUAAAAAAACAACCGGAACGAUACAGAGCUACUGAGCCUUUGCCCUGAAUGGGAGGGAGGGAUUCCUCACCAAUACCGGCCCUUCUUCCCUGGCAUUGCUGAAGGAGCCCCAGGCUCCCCAUGCCUUCCUACCUUAGUGUUUGUAUUUUAAGUUAUUUAUUCUGGAGCCACAGCCUCCUUGCUUAUGAGGUUCUCAUGGAGGGGGAGCAAGGGAAGGGAAGUGGGGCACCACGCUCUGGUGGUCUGUAGCUCCUUGAAAGUCAGGUGGUGGGAACUCCCCUUAGGAAGAAUUGGUGCCCCCUCCAGUCCUAAUCCUUGUCCACUCCUCCUUGAGGGAUGCCUCACCCACCCAGGACCCUGACCUGUGCAAUAAGGAUUGUUCUUUGCGAAGUUUUGUCAGAUGUAAAUAUAGUAAAAGCUGCUUCUGUUUUUUU